AUGUCCGCUCCUUCCACCGCCGACGUCCAGGCUCUUCGCAGUCGCUACGAGAAGGCAGGCCAGGGUCAUGUCUUCACCUUCUGGGACAAGCUGUCGGCCGAGGAACAGUCGACCUUCUACCGCCAACUCCUCUCCCUAGACCCCGCACGCAUCAACUCGAUCCACGCUUCUUCCCUCGAGGCGGAGAAGGCUGCGGCAGCGUCGACGCACGACGAGAUCACGCCUCCUCCCGCGGACCAGUCGGGUAGCGUUAUCGGGAACGAGAAGCAGGCGGCUCAAUGGAACGAGGUUGGCUUGAAGGCGGUUCGAGAGGGAAAGGUCGCCGUCCUGUUGAUGGCUGGAGGACAGGGUACGCGUCUCGGCUCGUCGGCGCCGAAGGGAUGCUACGACAUUGGCCUGCCGAGCCACAAAAGCCUGUUCCAGCUCCAGGCUGAGCGGAUCAAGCGAUUGCAGACUGUCGCGGGCGCCGACAAACCGGUGCCCUGGUACGUCAUGACGAGCGGACCGACGAGGAAGCCGACGGAGGAGUUCUUCGCCGCGAACGGGUUCUUCGGUUUGGCAAAGGAGAACGUCGUCUUCUUCGAGCAGGGCGUCCUCCCUUGCCUGACGGACGACGGGAAGAUCUUCCUCGACAAGCCCGGCGUCGUCGCUGUCGCACCCGACGGCAACGGCGGUGUCUACGCCGCUCUCCGCAACCCUGUCUCUCCCUCGCUCUCCGCGCCCACAAUUCUCGAAGACCUCCGCCAGCGCGGCGUCGAGUUCAUCCAUGCCUACGGUGUCGACAAUUGCCUCGUUCGCGUCGCCGACCCCGUCUUCCUCGGCUACUGCAUCUCGCGGAAUGCCGACUGCGGCGCCAAGGUCGUCAAGAAGACUGUCCCGACCGAGUCGGUCGGCGUCGUCGCGCUCAAGGCGGGCAAGUUUGCUGUCGUCGAAUACUCGGAGAUCUCGCAAGAGAUGGCGGAGCGCAAGGACGCCUCUGGAUCAGACGACCUCGCUUUCCGCGCCGCCAACAUCGCCAACCACUUCUACUCGCGCCAGUUCCUCGAGGAGGUGUCGCACUUUGACGAGAAGCAGAUGCCUUACCACAUCGCGCGCAAGAAAGUCCCGCACAUCGACCUCGCCUCGGGCGAGACGGUCAAGCCCUCGAAGCCGAAUGGCAUGAAGCUCGAACAAUUCGUGUUCGACGUCUUCCCGUUCACCAAAUCGUUCGCGCUCCUCGAGGUCGAGCGCAAAUCGGAGUUUUCGCCGCUCAAGAACGCGCCUGGGACGGGCAGCGACGACCCCGAGACGUCGAGGCGUGAUUUGCUGCAGGAGCAGAGGCGGUGGCUCGAGAACGCUGGCGCGAAGGUUGCGGACGGCGUCGAGGUCGAGUUGAGCCCGCUCGUGUCGUAUGCUGGCGAGGGGCUGGAGGGCGUCAAGGGCCUCGAGAUCAAGAAGAGCGGCGUAGUCCAUUCGCUCGACGAGCUCAAGCAGCUUGCGGCGUAG